GCUGUGGGGUAAUGAAGGAAGAUCAGAUGGCAGAGCAAGGGAGUGUUGCAGAAACCUGUUAAGUCUGUGCAUUUCGAUUUCAAACCCUACAGCAGAUCUCUUUGAGUUCCAACAUUCCCUUGGUAUUGCUUGCUCUGUCAUUGGAAUUUGAACGUUUUAGGAUCCUUCUCAUUUGAUCGAAGAAACUCAGUGGGCACAUGGAGGAUCAUCUGAUGACUGGCUGAACUAAGUUGUCUUGCUGAAACCUGCUGGCUUCGGGCCUUCAUCUUCAGAUUCGAACCCGAGUAUCAGUAGUAUAUCCUACAUUCUCUUUGGGUUUAUUCCUCAUUGUAAUAUUCAUGUUGGAUUCAGUGGAUUAUAGGGUCCACGUGUCUUGAUAAUCUAAUGCAGCUGAAUGACAAGCUGUAUUCCCAGUGGAUAACUUUGUUGGCCCACUUUUAUAGGAAAGUUUGAAAUUAAUUGAAGUUCCCCUGUUGCCCAUCACAGCUUUGGGAUGAGGAUAUUCUCACUUAGGGAUCGACAGGGAGGAUAACAAUUUGUUAGGCUCCAAUGAUGUCAUGAAAUGUACGUGUCUCAACCUGUAGAUUUGCAACUUGGGUGCUUUAAUCCUUCGAUGACUGUUUGUGUCACAUGUGACACGAUGGAUCAAAAUUCCCUUGCCUCUCUUUCAAAGGGAAUAUAAAUGUGAGCAUCUGCUGACUAUCAUCAGCGAUCUCAAUACGGAGAAGCUCGACUGAAUGAAAGCAACAAACUGAUCGUUCUUGCUCUCUAGCAUGACAUUAGCGUAACAAAUUCGUUGUGGGAACAUUAUGAUGGCUUUGUUGAUUCAUGUGCGUCUCUAAUGAGGUCGUUAGUGUGACUUUUUGGGUGAUCACCGUCUAUACAUAGAGAAAGCUACUUUGGUAAUUACAUAACAAAAAUGCUGAUUGAUUGAUACACCAUGUUAGCUGCAAACCCGAUGCCUGGUAGACAAAGCUAGUUCAUGCUUUUUGCUGUUGCAGCGUGGAUGUUGGAAGUGUCAGUUUAAACAGGUUUCUCUUCAAAAUAUAGCAGGAGUCGAUCGAUUGAGUGUUAGAGUUUCAUUGAUUAAAAGUUGACAUCGCAAAUGGUGGAGUUUGAAUUGGGGCCAUAUGGAUAUGGAUCAUGUUUGAAUGAAAUGGUAGGCCUACAACAGUGUAUUCGUAUUCUGGAUAUGAUCAUGGAAGAUGUGUAGACUUCAUAAACUCGGAACUUCUCAGACAUGUUUCAACUGGAAAUACAUAAGAGGCAGAUGGAGGUGAUCAUAGCGAUUUUGGGGGACACAUAGCCUGUCUUCCCAAAUUAACCAAUUCUGACUUGACAUUUUGGAAAAACUUUGGGUGUAACGCUUUUGAGGGGUUUGAUCCCCGACUUUUUCUGUGUCUGUGUGUCCACCCUUCACUGACCUGAUGUGUAUGGUGUUGUUUUACGAAUCAUCGAUGUUGUGUAAUCUUAUGAAGGCUAUGCGAGUGGCCCGAUUAUCACAGUACAGCGAUGAUGGUGACGAACAUUACUAUUAUGGUGCUAGCGAUAAAGACUUUUACACCGUGUCGGAGGUGUCCUCGGAUAAGGCCUCCAGUGACAAGGUGUCCUGUGAUAGUGACUGCAAGACCAAUCCAAAGCAGAAACAGAUGUCCAAUGGCCGCAAACACUUCAACAUGGAUCCCAAGAAGGGUAUCAAAUACCUCCUUGAGGAAGGCCUGCUGCAGAACACCCCAGAAGACGUGGCAGAGUUCUUAUUCCGUGGCGAGGGUCUCAAUAAGACCGCCAUAGGGGACUACCUCGGCGAGAGGAAUGACUUCAACAUAGCAGUGCUGAAGGCAUUUGUGAUGAAGCAUGAAUUUGCUGAUAUGAUCCUGGUGCAGGCACUAAGGCAAUUCCUGUGGAGUUUCCGUCUUCCUGGUGAAGCACAGAAGAUUGAUCGCAUGAUGGAGUGCUUUGCUGAACGCUACUGCGAUCAGAACCAAGGCGUGUUCGUAACGACAGACACUUGCUAUAUUCUCUCGUUCGCCAUCAUCAUGUUGAACACGAGUCUCCACAACCCAAGCGUGAAGGACAAGCCAGGUGUGGACCGCUUCAUCUCAAUGAACAGAGGCAUCAACGAUGGAGGCGACCUGCCUGAGGAUCUUCUCACAAGCUUGUACGACAGCAUCAAGAAGGAACCGUUCAAGAUUCCAGAGGAUGAUGGCAAUGAUCUCAUGCAUACAUUCUUCAAUCCGGACAAGGAGGGUUGGCUGUGGAAGCAAGGGGCAUCAAAGCUGAGCGGCCGAUAUCGCACCUGGCGAAGACGUUGGUUUAUUCUUAACGACAACUGUUUGUACUACUUCGAGUUCACCACCGACAAGGAGCCUAAGGGCAUCAUCCCGCUGGAGAACAUCCAAGUACGCGAUGUACCCGACAGGAACAAACCCCACUGCUUUGAGCUCUACUCAUUCAAUAAUGAAAUCAUCAAGGCUUGCAAGACUGACAAUGAGGGCAAGGUCGUCGAAGGUAAACACACUGUUUACAGGAUGUCUGCCUCCACCGAGGAUGAGAAGGAGGAAUGGAUCAAAUGCAUCAAGUAUGUAGGGGGCAAGCAUCAGUGAGCAUCCCGUCUACGACAUCCUGGCCAUGAAGCGCAAGAAAGCGACCGCCCAGACGAAAUGAACAUGAUAAAACACCGUCAUCAAACUGAGAAUUCAUUUGAAAGAUACAUAUACUCAUUCCAAUGAGGAUCUCAGGUAUAGAGGAGUAAUGGACUAGGCCACUAUAUGGGGUGGUCGUGCCCCUGGUCAUAAGCCCAGGAGAGUGCUUGAGGAGAACUUGCAUGUGCUUGUCUUAGUUAGGACUCGGGACUCAGGAUCACAUAUAAAGAUUGACGUUGUGAAAGUAAUGCUUAAGAUGAAAUUAAAACAGAAUAGUUGUGUGUAUAAAGAAGGUUGCUGGAGGUGAAAGUCUGAAAUUAGGUUAACUGUUUGGUCGUGGUCUGUUUCAAAUGCAGUGAAAAUCAUGCUGAAAACUGAGAAUUUCAUUCAAAAGACUGAUUUUCAUUUGUGCAUUUAGAUUAAUCAAAAGGAUAGCCACACGUUCGCUAAUGGGGUAAGGCUACAUUGGGUACCGCUGUAUCGUUUCCUGAAUUGCCAAGUUGAAAAUAGUUGAGAUCCAGGUUGGGUAUUUUUCAUUGAUUGUGGAGACAAUCUAUGCUUAACUAUUGUGGCAAUUUCAUGAAUUGCUGUUUGUGCAGUUAUCCUCAGCGCUAGUCAGCGACUCAACUUUUGGGUAUGAUAUGUAAAUAAAGUCACGGGGAACUCUAAAUUUCACUCUUUUGGGGGGAAAUUUUGCAUUACCUGUUGGUCUCCAUUACUUCAAUUACUGCAAUUGAAACCUGUCUUGCAUUUAUGGCAUGUCAGAGAGAUGCAUCGAGAAAAAUAAAGUGUUGAAGUAUAUUUAUUGAGUUCAGCUGGUGCUGUAACUGGGAUCAUUAUCAGUUAAUCUUUUUGAAUAAACUUAAUCCUCACUCUAGAGUGAGUGACAAGGCAAAUGUUCAUUGCAUUGGGGCAUUUUGCCAAUUUGUUGAGUUUGGUUCCAAAUCUCAGGCAACAUUCAUCGUUUUGAAGCUGAUCAGGUAUAAAAGAAGUUUUUCUGUACAUAUUUGUAAUGAAUAUCUCUCUCUUUGUUUUGUACAAUGUAGAAUUUUAAGUAUCCCAGCUUGGAGAUGAGUUUGGUGCUUUGAGGGAAGAAAUGUUCAAAUGAAAUGCUUGGGACGGGGGACCCACAUUGGGAAGGGGGUUGGACUUUUAUUCAUAUCCUGGCAUUAUGUCAGUGAGGACCAUUACUUUAAUCUUUGUUUCAUGGGUAAUUUCCAGCUCUUGUUACUUCAAAUAUUUAGAAGUGGCCUUAUUUCUGCUUCUUCAAGAAAAUUGCAUCAGGGGCAAUGGGAAUGUAGGCAUAUUAUGUGGAUUCGAUCUUGAAGAACAUUCUCAAGAGCCUCUGGGUAAGAACCAAUUUCAUAUCCAGGUAAAUACCAAUUUCAUUAGGGAUUCUCUGUAUGAAUUUCAGCUGGUACAAUCUGUGUUCGUUUUUAGAGCCAUUUCGUGUAUGAACCUUCACAAAUUCAUCAUGUGUAUGUUAUUGAACUAUUGUAAAUAUAUUCUGACGUCAAUAAAACGUCUCUUAUUAUGAGUGAGGCGCUCUUCUGUAAUGGCUCUGGCCAAAGAUUGACCAGUUAUAAGUAAUAGCAUAGUUUUUAUAGUGCCAUUUUGUAUUCAUACAUGUAAGACAUUGGUCAAGUCAAGAAUUAAUGAAGAAUAUCGUCCAUUCCACGAGAAAAUUGCACUGUGCGCAAAAAAGCCUAAACGGCAUGGAGGAGUUGUCUGUAUUUUGCUUCAAAUGACUCGUUCUUUGUUUCAAUACUGGCAGAGUGGAUAUUUUCAGACACAUUAGACUUUGAAGUUUCAGAUGAAAUGAUAAUGUUCAAAGGCUGUAUUUUCUGUGUGAAUCAUCAAAAAUCUGACUGCUGUUUUCUUUGUGAAGUAGGCUAUAGUGAGUCUUUAUGUAUUUUUGGUCCAAUGUACAAAUUAUUACUCUAGAACUCGCAUCUCUUUCAAGAAAUCUCUUCUUGCUCUUUCGAUUGUGUCAGUUUUUCUAGGUCCCCAUUUCGUAUGUUUUGAAGCGCAUUUGAGCUGUAAUUUUGCCCAAAGCCUCGGCUGCCGCCUGGUUUUGGUCUAAAUUUUACCUCCUCCAUUGCGGUGUUUGAUGAGAUCACCAAUACCGGCAGUGAGGUAUCAAUUCCUCAAGUGAAACCAUCUGUAAUUUAAGUGAAAGAGUGAAGUCACUCUAAUUAACAGCUUCAUGACCUCAAUCAUUUUCGAGUUCCGCCAUCACCAGAAUUGUUUAUGUAGAAUUAUUUCAUGUAUGUAAAGCUGUCAGAUGAGAUGUCAUGUACACAUUUCUAUUUAUAGAAUGAAUAAUCUUGUAUAAUCCUUGUAAAUGAUUAAAAUCAAUUUUCAA